CGAAACAAAAAAAAAUCUCUAUGGUUGCACAUCCACCAACCAACCAAAUGAAUUUGAGGUUAGAAAGUGUCUCUCAAUAGUAUCUUUAUUUUAAUUUCUGAAUUGUGAGGGAAUAUAUAAAGAUAAUGAGUUAUUCUAAAUUUGACUUGACCUUUAAAAUAGGUCAAUAUCUAGACCGACAUCUUGUGUUUCCAUUAUUGGAAUUUUUAGCAGCUAAAGAGACAUAUGAUCAGUCAGAAUUACUGCAAGCAAAGCUGGAGAUUUUGAGCAAAACUAAUAUGAUUGACUAUGUUAUUGAUAUUCGUGGAAUGCUUUAUCCAGAUGAAGAUACACCUGAGGAAAUUAAGUCACGGAGAGGGGUUGUUCUUUCUCAACUACAAAUUUUACAAGAUGCUGUGGAGCCAGUGCUGCGUUUGAUGCAGAGAGAUGAUGUAAUGAAAACCGUGGAGACAAUGAGAGAUCCUAAAACACUAAUUAACUAUUUGACUACAAAUAAGGAAUUUGAGUUCAAAAUUGAAAUGAUUGACAGCAUGUAUCGGUUGGCCAAAUACCGUUAUGAAUGUGGUAACUAUGUUGAGUCUGCUUCAUAUUUGUACUUCUGCCAAUUAGUCAUGUCGCCAACUGAUAAGAACUACCUAUCAGUCCUUUGGGGCAAACUGGCUAGCGAGAUCCUCGUGCAGAACUGGGAUGGCGCGCUGGACGACCUGACGAAGCUGCGGGAGUUCAUAGACAACGGCGCGGCCGGCGCCACCGUCAGCAACAUGCAGGCGCUGCAGCAGCGCACGUGGCUCGUGCACUGGUCGCUCUUUGUCUUCUUCAACCACGUCAAGGGCCGCGACCUCAUCAUCGAGAUGUUCUUGUACAAGCCUUUAUACUUGAAUGCUAUUCAGACUAUGUGCCCACACAUUCUCCGCUAUCUUGCGACGGCUGUCAUAAUAAACAGAUCUAGGAGAAAUGCUCUCAAGGAUUUAGUGAAAGUUAUUCAACAAGAAGCUUACACAUACAGAGAUCCUAUCACUGAGUUCAUCGAGCACCUAUAUGUAAACUUUGACUUCGAGGCGGCCCGCAGGAAAUUAAAUCAGUGUCAAGCUGUGCUUUUAACUGACUUCUUUCUGAUCGCAUGUCUCGACGAGUUUGUGGAAAACGCUCGUCUCAUGAUCUUCGAAACAUUCUGUAGGAUACACCAAGUCAUCAGUAUUGGAAUGUUAGCGGAAAACUUGAACAUGCAGCCUGACGAGGCGGAGUGUUGGAUCGUGAACCUGAUCCGUAACGCGCGCCUGGACGCGAAGAUAGACUCCAAGCUGGGCCACGUGGUGAUGGGCGCGCAGCCGCUGUCUCCGUACCAGCAGCUGGUCGAGAGGAUCGACUCCCUCGCCGUUCGCUCCGAGGCCCUCACGUCGUUAGUUGAAAGGAAACAUAAAGCACGCAAUCAAGAUAUCCGUUGGGGAACUCAAGAAUUUUAAGGAUAUAAUUUAUCAACAAAAAAGGUUGCAAACAACAUUGGUUCUACACACUACUAUAUAACAUCAUUUUGUAAAUGAGAUAUUUUUUACUAAAAUAUCACCUCUGUAACUUAAA